GUGGUCACACUAGGGCGCAUAUAUAUUUUUUAUUUAUUUAUUUUUUUUAUUUUGCAAACAAAAAUGGACGAAGAGGCCCCCUACCUGCGCAGCGCCUACCAGGUGUCCAUAAUUCCAACCGACCUGCAUCAUCAGGAAACCAUAAUCAAAGCAGCCCAGUCACUGGACUGUCUACACAAAACGAUAAACUCUAUUUUCGAGCGGAUCGAUGCUCGCUUGGCGAGGAAUGGAUCAAAGGUUGACGACAUAAACAGUCGUGUGAAGCGGGCCCAGGCGAAAAUCGAUGCACUCGUGGGCUCUAAGCGGGCCAUCCAGAUCUUCGCCCCAGCAAGAUUCCCUAGCGACGUCCUGGCCCCCCUGCCAGCCACCUUUCCACAGGUGACGACUAAGCUAAUGGAGGAGCAGCGGAAGCCACGUCCGGCGCAGCUGACACAUCCGGGAUACAGCGGCAGCAACAACGAACCCAAUGAGGAAGCUGUCUUCUUCCAUGUGCGGGGCGACCGGGAGCACGAGUCGUCGCUAGUAACCGAGCGUAAGAUGACUAAUCGCACUGCCGGCCUGGGAGCCCUUCCCGUGGCCGGAGUUCACUCCGUGCCCACGCUGAUGCGCUUCAACACCAAUGAGUUUGCCUAUGGUGAGGACUUGAAUGCCUGGAAGCGAACACUGCCUCCGCAAAGCGCUCGGCGCGUUGCCAGUCAGCCCUUAAAGAACGCACCAGAAGAGCUGCUUGCUCCGGCCCCCCGCUCGCUAGCUUAUGGCGCCACAAAGCUUGCCACUCCAGCCGGAGAUCUGCGCUACAAUCCUGCUGCUAUGGCUGCGCCGGCUAUCGAUGUACCACUGGAUCUGCCCGAUCUCCCCGGAAUAGCCAACGAUCUGAAGUACCAGCCAGUGGAGGAACAGACUCCCAUUGCGCCAUCGUACCAGUACGGAGAGCUGACUGACCUGCCUGACCUUCCGGAGCUGCCAGACCUGGGACUGGAAGAGCAGGAGAUCACGGUGCAGGCCAUUGCGGCCCAGACCCACAUUCCAGGGCCGAAUAAGAAUCGACAGGGACAGUAUAUGGCACCACCUAGGACCUUACCACCACCGCCGCCCCCUCCACCACCGCCGCCACCGCCGCCGCCACCGGAAGAAGUCUAUAACCCGUCUGCGCCUCCACAUUUUUCCACCAAAGGAGCUGUAAAGCCACUUUCUCCCUCUCCUGCCACACCCCUUAGAAUGCCCCCACCCCCUCCUCAAACUGUGGAUCCAAGAUCGGAGCUUAUGGCUGCCAUACGGAAGGCUGGAGGCGCAUCCGGAGGUCGACUCCGAUCGCAGGCGGCUGCACCUCUCGACGUGGUGGAUAACACACGGUCCAAGGCGGGAGCUGUAGCCUCAUCAUCGGGGGAUCUGAUGGCAGACCUGCACAACAAGCUGAUGCUGCGACGCAAGGGAAUCUCCGGAAACCAGAAUCCCGGAGAACCCACUGCCACCGCCGGUGGUAAUACCCUGAUGCAGCAGUUGUCGCGCGUUAUUCCGGCGUCCGUGCAGCCGAGGAAGGGAUCCCAGAGCAGCGAUGAGGCGCGCUCCGAGGAGGACGAAGACAUGUGGGACUAGUGGAUUCGCCGGGAGUCUCCCAACUUAGCUUUAGCACCGGUUAUUGUGCCUUUGGCUGGCUUUAAGCACUGGCUUCACUAGCUAAUUUAUACCAAUCUCUAGAACGAAUUCCAAAUUCUUUGCCGAAGCGAGCAUGCCAAAUUAGCAACACGUAAAAACGGUUGAAUAAAAUUAACAACUGAAAAAAAGGAAUUUUAACUGUGGGUUUAAAGUUUACUAAAUUAAUACCCCUGAUUAAAAGUGAAUAAAAUGCAAGAAUACCUUUGAUA